GAGUCCACAGUGUAGACUGGAGAGACUGAGAUUGAGGGGCUGCAGUUUGUCAGAGAUCAGCUGUUCUUCUUUGGCCUCAGCUCUGAAGUCCAACCCCUCCCAUCUGAGAGAGCUGGAUCUGACUGGAAACAACUUGCAGAACUCAGGAGUGAUGCUGCUGUCUGCUGGACUGGAGAGUUUACACUGUAGACUGGAGAUUUUGAGAUUGAGUCUCUGCAGUUUGUCAGAUAUCAGCAGUGCUUCUGUAGCCUCUGCUCUGAAGUCCAACCCCUCCCAUCUGAGAGAGCUGGACCUGAGUAACAACAAGCUGCAUUAUCCAGAAGUGAAGCUGCUGUGUAAAUUUCUGAAGAGUCCCCAUUGUAGACUGGAGACUCUGAGAUUGACAGACUGCUGUUUGUCAGAGAUCAGCUGUGCUUCUCUGGCCUCCGCUCUGAAGUCCAACCCCUCCCAUCUGAGAGAGUUGGAGCUGAGAGAAAACAACCUGCAGGAUUCACGAAUGAAGCUGCUCUGCGAUCUUGUGGAUAGUCCAGACUGUAGACUGGAGACUCUGAGCUGGAAGCGCAGGUGAUCUCUGUCAGAGAGCGAGGGAUGAGGAAGGUGGAGGUGUUGAGAGAGGAUCAGCUGUGUCCUGAUGAUCCAGAGAGGUUGAAGCAGCAGCAUCAGCUUGUGUGUGGAGAGGCUCUGACUGGGCCAUGUUACUGGGAGGUAGAGUGGAGAGGAGAGCUUCAUCCAGCAGUGACUGACAGAGGAAUCCCAACAGUG